GGGAUAGUUCGGUGUCGGCAGAGACAAGAGGAUGGCCUUCAGACUUUCGUCGUGUGACCGACGAAGCGAGGCUGGGAACGGAGUGUCCACAGGUGCAGCUUCAGAAGUAAAAGUAGAUGAGGCCAGGGGUAGAAAGUGCCAUUCGAGAAGGAGAUUAUCAGCUGGGCCUUGGAGGCGAGCUGUCGGUUGACGGAGAGAAGAGAGGCCGCUGGUGACCGUCGAGACGUGUUGUGCGUCCGAUGAGACAAGAGUCGGUCGCGUCUCGGGCGGCCGAAGCACACGCGACCGCUUGCCACUUUCCGUUCCAGCUCUCGUCCUCAUCGCUUCAAAUACUUCCUGCCGGUGUCUCCCAUGGUUCAUCCCGUCGUUUCGCUGUACCCGCAGGGCAGGCAUGCUCCGUCUCUCAAAGAUCUCGAAGCGCGUCCCAGCACGCGUCCUGUCACGACACACGUAUGCAUCACAGGCCAAGCUCACCCGGUCCUACGUCGAGGGUCCGACAGACCCACCCCUCUGCCACCUCACCCUGCCCGCCUACUUUGCCCAGAAGAUCCUCCCGCUCCAUGCUGACCGCCCUGCGCUCACAUGUCGCGCCGAAGAGCCCAACACCUUUGGCGGUAGCCCCCAGAAGAGCAACAAAGCGUGUCUCGACUGGACCUUCAGGGAAUUCGACGACCAUAUCGCGGCCGUCGCACGCGGCCUGCUAGCCAUGGGUGUGAACAAGGGCGACCGAGUAGGUGUCAUCAUGGGCAACAACAGUACCUAUGCGAUGCUCCAGUGGGCCUGUGCUCGUAUCGGCGCCAUCCUCGUCACUCUCAACCCAGCCUAUCGCACCCACGAGCUCAUCGCCACCCUCGGCCUUGUAGGCGUUAAACACCUCUUCCUGGUCCCCCGCAUACGCUCCAGCGCGUACCUCCAGAACCUCGCCGACGCCUUCCCAUCCCUCGCGUCCUCGUCACCCGGGAACGUGAACAUCAAACGCCUGCCGGAUCUCAAGAACAUCGUUGUCCUGGAUGACCUCGGUGGGGCUCAGGGGGCCGCAGAGAUGGCGCGUGCCAAGAGUGCCGUCGACUUUCGCGAGAUCCUCGUCUGGCGGCACGCUGGCCCCGAACAGCGCGAACUGGAGGCACUCGAGCGCGGGCUGCAACAGCACGAGACUAUAAAUUUGCAAUUUACAAGCGGCACCACUGGCGCGCCAAAAGCCGUCUCCCUCACGCACCACAACCUGCUCAACAACGGCAUCCAGAUCGGGCGCUGCAUGCACCUCACGCCGUCCGACGUCCUCUGCAACGUCCCGCCGCUCUUCCACUGCUUCGGGCUCGUGCUCGGCAACCUCGCGGCGUGGACGCACAGCGCCCGCGUCGUGUACCCCUCGCCCGUGUUCAACGCGCGCGCCGUCGUCGACGCGCUCCUCGCUGAGCGCCCGAGCGCGCUGCACGGCGUGCCGACGCACUUCCUCGGUGUCCUCGCUGAGGUCGCGGCGCGCGAACGCGAGCUCGGCGCGCCGCUCGUGUUUGACCGGCUCAGGACGGGCAUCGCGGCUGGCAGCUCGAUCCCGACGCCGCUCAUGCGGACGCUCGUCGAGAAGCUGAGCUUGACGGAGCUGACGAUCGCGUAUGGCAUGACUGAGACGAGCCCGGUGUCCUUCCAGACCGUGCCGAGCGACCCGCUCAUUAUGCGCGUCGAGAGCGUGGGGCGCGUGCAUCCGCACGUGAAGGCGAAAAUUAUUGCGACGGACAGAAAACAUGUCGUCGAGGGUGCGCACGAGGACGAACUUGAUGACGUCGUGCCCAUUGGAACGCCUGGCGAGCUGCUUGUCUCGGGAUAUCUUCUCCAGGCUGGUUACUGGCAGGACCCCGAGCAGACCGCGCAGGUGAUGCGCCGCGACGCGAACGGCACGCUCUGGAUGCACACCGGUGACGAGGGCGUCAUGGACGAGGACGGCUACCUCCGGAUCGUCGGACGCAUCAAAGACAUCAUCAUCCGCGGCGGCGAGAACCUCUUUCCGGUGGCGAUCGAGAACGUGCUCACGGCGCACGCCGGCAUCCGCGAGGCCGUCGUCGUCGCCGUGCCCCAUGCGCGCCUCGGCGAGGUCGUCGGCGCGUGGGUCCUCCGCGAGCCCGGUGCGCCCGCGGGCGCGGCGCUCAGCGCGGCGGACGUGAGGCAGGUCGUCGCGCAGGGGAUGAACCCGCAGAACGCGCCGGCGUACGUGUGGUUCGUCGGCGAGCUCCCCGAGGAGGUGCGUUCGCGCGGGGAGGAGAAGGAAAAGAGCGAUGUUGGGGGCGUGCGCAAGUUCAUGGGGCUGCCGAAGACGGCGAGCGGGAAGGUGAUGAAGCAUGUUUUGAGGACUUGGGCGCGUGAGCUGGCGGAGAAGGGUCUCGGGAGGGUGGGCGCGUAGCGGAUGUCUGCGUUCCCGAGCGGAGGCGAGAGCGCGUUGUAUUCUGGAAUAUCUGGAAACCAUCUCGUAGCAUGUAUUCGAAUAUAUUCUCGUUGUGUUGCGAACAUGACAUCUACCCGUACAGACG